AUGGGAGUGGGGGUCUUCGCCCCGGUGCUGUACCGCUCCGUCUGCUCCACCAGCCGCAAGGCCUUCCGCCCCGGCGGCGCCGGCGACCCGUCCGGCAACCCCCUGCUGAGCGGCAUGCGCGCGCGCGCUGCGCUGUACCUGCCGCUGGCCCGGUCGCUGGACAGGCACCUGGCCGCGCGGGGCUGGGGCGCGCAGCUGCCGCUGCUGGCGGCGCUCGAGGGGCUCGGCGGCGACGGCGACGAGGACGGCGGCGUGGACGUCGCGGCGGAGGCGGCCGUGCCAGCUUGA